CCCCUCCCUUGUCUGAAAAACAAUCAUCUCUCUCUCUCCCUACCCCUCUCUCUCUUACUACUAUUGUUGGUUUUCUUGAUUUUCUAGAGAGAGAAACAAGACAUGGGCUGGUUCCUUUGCCCUGGAAUAUCAAAGAAGAAACCCAAAGGACAACAGGCUACUAAAAAUCAUCAAGAUCAGAUCUCAUCAUCUUCAGAAAAAGCAAAGGUUAAUGCUUUAGUAGAUGGCAACAAAGAUGCUUUAAAGGAGGGAGGCUCUGGUCAUAUUGCGGCGCACACAUUUACAUUUCGUGAGUUGGCAGCUGCAACUAGAAAUUUUAGGCCAGAUUGUCUUAUAGGAGAAGGAGGUUUUGGCAGAGUAUACAAGGGGCGCUUGGAGAGCACCAAUCAGAUUGUGGCCAUUAAGCAGCUGGAUCGGAAUGGUCUCCAAGGAAACAGGGAAUUUCUUGUUGAGGUACUAAUGUUGAGCCUACUUCAUCACUCUAACUUGGUGAAUUUGAUUGGAUACUGUGCUGAUGGAGAUCAGAGACUUCUGGUUUACGAGUACAUGACAUUGGGAUCACUGGAAGACCAUCUACAUGAUCUCCCUCCUGAUCGAAGACAACUAGACUGGAGUACAAGAAUGAAAAUAGCUGCAGGUGCUGCAAAAGGCUUGGAAUAUCUGCAUGAUAAAGCAAGUCCCCCAGUUAUAUACCGUGAUUUAAAAUGCUCCAACAUUUUACUUGAUGAAGAGUAUAAUCCUAAGUUAUCAGAUUUUGGCUUGGCCAAGUUAGGUCCAGUGGGGGAUAAGACUCAUGUAUCCACAAGAGUGAUGGGAACUUACGGAUAUUGUGCACCGGAAUAUGCAAUGACAGGUCAGCUUACAUUGAAGUCAGAUGUUUAUAGUUUUGGGGUAGUUCUUUUGGAAAUCAUCACAGGCCGAAAAGCAAUUGACAAUUCAAAAGCUGGUGGAGAACACAACUUGGUUGCCUGGGCACGACCCUUGUUUAAGGAUCGGAGAAAGUUUUCCCAGAUGGCUGAUCCAGUGCUGCAAGGUCAAUAUCCAGUUAGGGGCUUGUAUCAAGCUCUUGCUGUUGCUGCGAUGUGUGUUCAGGAACAGCCUACCCUGCGGCCCCUUAUAGCAGAUGUAGUUACAGCUCUUUCUUAUCUUGCUUCCCAAAAAUUUGACCCCGAAUGCCAGGCAGUGCGAAACUCGCGUUCAGGUUCCUCCACUCCUAGAAACAGAAGGUAAAUUAUAGCUUGCCAAUGCUGUCCAAAAGGCAAGCCUAAAAACUCGUUAGAAGGCUCUUCAAUUCUCCAAAUCUCGUGAUUCUGAUUUUAGCCUGUUAGAUCUGGCCCUUCAAGUUUAUUCAUCCAAAGAAUGGAUUUCAUGGCCUUGUAAUCACGACUUGGAGCUUAGUGUUUGCAUGCCUGUUUUGACGAUUUUGCAUAUAGUCCGGUAAACAGGUCUUUUGCCAACCCACAAUGUGUUUAUGGCAGUGGGAAGAUUUGCUUUUCUUUUCUAUUUGCCCUUUUGCCUUUUUCCUUUUUAAUCCAUUCCCCAAUACCUUUUCUUCACCAAAUCUUAGGCUCAGUUGAGGUUUCUCUUUCUCUUUUUCUGUUUUCUAAAGUUGGGUGGUUGUAUUUAAAAUGCCUUCCUGUUAUAUAGAUUUACAGCGACAUUUUACCUUUUUUUUUGUGAACUUUUGCUAUUAGAUGUUAUUUUGUACAUUACCUUAAUUUUCCCUGAUAGAUUUGACCCUAAACAUGUGUUAUAUGAUGUAGAUAUACAUGUUACUAUGUUA